AUGCAAAUGGUGUGGCUUAUCCUCCCCGUGCCCUUAAAGGCACGGCGAAAGCAGUGCUUUUGUUGCUUUGCUUUCGGCCAUUUGGCCGGGCAAUGCACCGGGGCAGAUGUCAGAAACAUCUGCUACUGGUGCGGGGAGGGUGGCUACCAUGCGGCAACGUGCUUGGCUAAGCCAAAAUGUCCGCUUUGUGCGCGACUAAGCCAGCAGAGCAAUCACAGAAUGGGCGGCGCAAAAUGCGCCCCCACUUCCGUGAAGGGGCGGAAGAAGCGUAUUGUGGAGGUUCCACCAGCCUCGGAUGGAGAAGCAGGACCUUCACAGCUUCCUCCGCUGGUAGUCAAGAAGUCCACCUCCGAGCCAGAGGAAGUGCAGGAGAUGGAAACAUCUCCAGAGGUGUCGGCCAGGAGAUCAAAGAGGCGCAAGCCAAAAGAUCCCUCUGCCAAGGAAAAGGCACAGCAGGUGCCAAGUGUCGGGAGGUCCUCGACCAAAGAACUCCCUGCCAAGAAGAAAUCCUCCGGGGCCAAGUCCACGGGAGCUUUGAGUAAGCCGGGGCCCAAGUCCUCUAAACCCAUUAAGUGGGCUGGACUUAGGUCCCAACACUUCGGGGUGGGAGAGUACAAGUCCGGACUUGUACCCUCAGGNCCCGGUCCCUUCGGGGGCCGCUUGGCCCGGGUGGGAUACCGUACAUUAUAUUAUAUGGUAGAACUCNUCCAGACUUNGCUCUAG